AUUAAUUUCGAAAUAAGAGGAACUAGAUCUUUUAGAGCCUAAAAUUGUCACGUCAAUGAAAUGAUAGUAUAAACAGAAAAUUUUAUACCCAAAAUAUAACUAAUAAAGAAAAUUCUACAAGAAUGAGGCAUGUUUACGAAAGCAGCUGUACCAGCCAUUGAAUAAAUGGUGACUCUGUAUGAUAGAAUUCUAAAAAUAGGUUGGCACGUGAUUGAAUACGCUGAUUUGAUUGGUUAGACGUCAAAGAAACGUCUCGAUUUCGCAAUUCUGUAGAGAAACGUAGCAACCUCGUCAUAUUGAGUUCAGAACGAAAGAGUGAGGACGGGAAGAAUACUAACCAGUUUGAAGCCAUAAUCUUUGAUUAUUUGGAGUUAAAUCUUUUAUUGAAGUAUUAAAUCGAAAAGAGGAUAUACAGGUCUUCAAUUUGAGACAUUUUACGGCCAGAUUAAGGAAUAUUUGACCGAAUUUAGGCUAGAACUGUUAUCAACUGACUGAAUUUUUGGUGGGAAAAACAUUAUUGAUUUUUUGUGGGAGGACUGCAUACAAAUUAGUGCAACGCCUACAAUUAUUGUUUCGACGCAUUGUGGUAUGCAAUUACCAAGUAUCUUCAUGGACAAUAUGGAAACUAUGGAAGGUAUAAAUAUUGAAAUGAAAUCUCACAGGAGGAGAAGGCGAGGAAAGGGCAAGAAACUGAAGAAAAAGUUGAUGAAGAAAAUGAAAUCCUUUGUUGAAAGUCAGAGUGAAACAGAAUCAGAGAAUGAACUAGAAUAUCGUGAAAAAAGAGACUUUAGAGUUAACUCAGGACCUUACAACUACAAUCCCAAAGCUCCUAUGAACUCAACCCAGUAUAUAAUGGACGAUCAUGAUAAUAAUCACGAACUAUACACAGAUUUUGAAGUGUCUUCAAUAAAACCUGUUGAUAUUGCAGUUGCGCCACACCCAGCAGACAUACCUUAUCAUUCUCCUGCUUAUGAAGACAUUAACUACGAAUAUGAAUCGCCAGAUGAUGUUAGCGAUUCAUUUUCAUUCAUAGAGAAGGACUUUGAAGCCGCAUUUCAAAGUGUGAGGGAAGAUGAACUCUGGGAAAUGCCAAAAAAUAAACUUGUGACUGGCUUCAUCGAUUUAGAAAAUAAACUAUUGCAAUUAGAAAAUAGAUUAGAGUCAUUGGAAAGAGAACAGUUUGAAAAGGAAUUUAUGACAUCAGAUUCCGAUUCAGACUCAAAUCUCGAUGAAUCGUUUGAGGAAACUGUUCCUAUCUCUACAUUAUUAGAGGAACUACAUCAGCUACAAAAUGAAAACCAAAAAUUAGAAGCUGAACAUAACAGUCUAAAAGCUGUAUAAUUUUAUUCCAGGAAUGAUCGCUUUGCAGAAGUGACAAAAUUCUACAAUAUGACCGACACAAUUGCGCAACUAGACAAAUCUACCGACAAUAUACACAGUUGUUACAUGAUGAUGGUGUCUCGACAGUGCCACAGAACGCAACCGUUCAGGCAAAGAGACCCCUUGAAUAAAUAGCAAAAGGUAAUGAUGGUACUACUAAUCCUCAGACAGUAUUGAAUGUGUAAUAUAUAAUUUAACUACAUUGUUUUGUAAAUAUGGAAUACUGUAAUAUGGCCCACUGGUCAUGGUUUGGCUAAUUAUAAUGACAGGAUGUCUCAUGUUUUUCAUUUUAGCCCGAGGUCUAUGUUUAUGUGAUUUACAUUUUAUAUAAAGUAAUUAACUAGAUGUGUGACAUCUAUUUAUAUGAAGUUAGUUACAUAAAGAUAGAUCACGUCUAAUUAUUUUUUGCUUUAGGGAAAUUAUAGAUUUCUUUGUAUUAUAUAAAAUCUGUUUAAUUUUAAGCUGGGGCCAUACAGCCAUAAAAGGUUGCACUCGACUCUUCACCAAAGGGAGAAUUCACACAGAUGCGGCUAACUGUAAGAACUCAAAGCCAUACAUCAACAUUGGCCACCCCACAUAUGAAACCAUAAAGCUACCUGAUUACCAAGGUCAAAUCAGCUGAUCAGGUACAUGCUGCGUGAUCGAUGUUUUGUGGUUUCUUCAUCAUAGAUACUGAAUCAAUAAACCUAUUGAAUCAGGAAAUAUUGUGAAAGGAUCCAUCUGAUUAUGUUUAACCAUUUCCUUCAUUUUUGUUUGCCUAUACUUGUUAAUGAUUACCCCCAUGUCUUUAUUCAAUUUGUUCCUUUCUAGCU